AUGAAAAAUGAUAAAAAAGACCGUGUUCUGACAAAUAAAUCUUGCAUGCAGUUAGUAAAUUUGCAAACUUUAGUAGUAAAACUUCGUGGGGAUGGAAUCGAAAAAUAUGUGAGAAUUUUAAUAGAUAGUGGUUCCCAGCGAUCCUACAUUUCGAAGUAUGCAGUUAGUAUAAUGAAUUAUAAAACAAGUGGUAAAGAAGAAUUAAUCCAUGGUUUGUUCGGAGGAAUUGAAAAGAAAGAAACUCAUAGUAAAUAUUUAAUUAGAUUGAGUAGUCUUAAAGGUGAUUAUCACUGUAAUUUUCAGGUUUUGGAUCAGGAUAAAAUAUGUACUGACAUUCCUCAAAUUCGUAGAGAUACAUAUCUUAUUGAACUGCGAAAACAUGGAAUUUAUUUAACUGACAUGCAGAAUAAAUCUGUGGAUUUGAUGUAUGAAAAAUCACCUUUAGAAAUUCAUGUUCCUUUAGGUGCAGAUGUGGCAGGAAAGCUUCUAACAGGGAAGGUUAGACAACUAAAAUGUGGGUUAUCAUGCGUACACACUAGAUUAGGGUGGACAAUGAUGGGGAAAACUGAAAAGCGUGAGUUCUCUGAUAGAACGAAAACUGUAUUGUCACUUCAUGUUAAUGAUGCUAAAAUUUCAGAUUUAUGGUGUCUUGACUCGUUAGGAAUAACGGAUCCUGCUACAACCCACACAAGAAAGGAAAUUAAUGAAAUCGCUAAAACAUAUUUUCGUCAGUCAUUAAAGAGAGAUAGUGACGGUAGAUAUCAGGUCUCUCUUCCUUGGAUAGAAGGGCAUGAGGUUUUACCUGACAACAGAUUAUUAGCAGAGAAAAGGUUAAAAUCCUGCGCCAAAACUCUUCAGUCAAAAAACUGUCUGAAAGAGUAUGAAAAUAUUUUUUACGAAUGGGCUGAAGAAGGUAUUAUAGAAUCUGUUGAAGAUAAGAAAACCGAAAAUUGUCAUUACCUACCACAUAGGGCUGUAAUUAAGGAAAGUUCAACCACAAAGAUUAGACCUGUGUUCGAUGCCUCAGCGAAGGAAAGGAAUGGUGUGUCCUUAAAUGACUGUUUAGAAAAGGGCCCAAAUUAUCUGGAAUUAAUACCGAGUAUUUUAAACAGAUUUCGCCUAGCGUGA